ACACCAUGUGAUUGUGCAGACCAUAGACUGUGAUUUGUUGUCGCGUGGUUCGUGUUGUGCGUACAGUUCUACAAAGCCGAUGGGAGCGCACCCGUCUUCCUUUGGCUCAUAACAGGAACUAAAUGUAACAAGUACAGAUUUCAUAUUCUGCUCCUUUUCUAGUUCUACACAAUCUGUGUGACAGAAGGCAGCGCAACAUACGCAGGUAUGCUUUUUGAUUUUCUUGCUGUGCAGCGUGACAUUUAACCCUCAAUGAUUGUGCGGCAGUUGGUGUGUAGGGGUUUGACCUCUCACCUGUGUGCGGCAGUCAGACUGAACUUGAGAUCUCCAAAGAUGGCCAGACCAAGCUCAGAUUUAACACAAUUUCGUAAGGAGUUUGAUAAAGCAAAGCACAUUGCUAUCAUAACGGGGGCUGGAGUGAGUGCAGAGAGUGGCGUACCAACCUUUAGAGGACAGGGGGGGUACUGGAGGAAAUGGCAGGCACAGGAUUUGGCAACCCCUGAAGCUUUCUCUCGAGAUCCUUCUUUAGUGUGGGAAUUUUACCAUUACAGGCGUGAGGUAAUGCGCAGUAAGAUGCCAAACCCAGCACACCUGGCUAUAGCAGAGUGCGAGUCCCGUCUCAGCCAGCAGGGGCGCUCUGUUGUGAUCAUCACUCAGAACAUCGAUGAGCUGCACCAUCGCGCGGGUUCCAAACACGUCUAUGAGAUCCACGGUAGUCUAUUUAAAACUCGCUGCAUGAGCUGUGGAGAAGUCAAAGCCAACCACAAGAGUCCAAUCUGUCCUGCUCUGGAGGGGAAAGGAGAGCCUGACCCCAAUGCCAAGGAUGCCAGAAUACCAGUUGAGGACCUGCCCAGGUGUGAAAAGAGGGGCUGUAAUGGCUUGCUGAGGCCUCAUGUGGUUUGGUUCGGAGAGACUUUGGAUUCAGAUAUUCUCACCGCUGUGGAGGAGGAGCUGGAAAAGUGUGAUCUCUGUUUAGUGGUGGGCACCUCCUCCAUAGUUUACCCAGCGGCCAUGUUCGCUCCUCAGGUGGCGAGUAGAGGUGUGCCUGUAGCUGAAUUCAACAUGGAGUGCACACCUGCUACUAAGCGCUUUAAAUAUCACUUUGAGGGUCCUUGUGGCACCACACUGCCUCCCGCCCUCGAACGGCACGAGAGUGAGCCCAUUUAAGGAGAAAGAAGGCAUGACCCAUCCGUUCAUGCCCACUUUGACUGAGAGCACACGAACAGGGAUUGGUUCAUGCCUUCAUGUGAUUGGUUUUCCUAUGGCUUAUGUGCUCAACUAUGAAGAUUUACAGCAAAAUUUAGCCGAAUUUACAUUUUAAGUAAUGUAUUUGCUUGGCGUAUUUGGCAACAUAUUGUGAAAGUUGUGUGUUCACAACUGUUUAAAUAAAUAAUGUAUUAAUUUAAAAUUAAAUUACCAUAAAAUAAAGUGUUCUAUGGCUGAAGAUUGA